GUAGUUUCCAGUCUGCGCGAUGUCUUUUGUUUCUUCAUUUCUCCGUAUGUUUUUGUAGAUGGCGUUAGUCGUAAUAAAGCGCAUUUGCGCGGGCUAACUUUGUUUACCUUGAUACGGGCAAAGAUGUCAAUUAAUUAGUUACAGAGUUUUGAUCGGUGUAAUUGUUACAAAGCCGUUUCUUCGAUACGUUAUCAUCAACGAGAUUGUUAAACCAGGGAACAAAUGUUUCGUCAAAUUUAAAUUUAGAUAGUUUUUAUACUGAAAACUCCGAUAACCAUCUUCAGGAAAGAAGCAGAAUUUGCAAACGAAGAAGAGAAGCGAUGCGAAGAACGAAAGGGUUUCUUGAAAAAUUUAUUAUCGUACAGUGUUUGGAGCGAAGGAUUUCGAAUCUAUAGUUUUCAGAAAAUGGCAAUGUUAUCGCGUAUCACAGAGUUGGAAGAAAAUUCACACGAACAGUCGAGGGAGGAAGCGUCGAUGGUGCUCGUAUCACCGAUAUCCGGAAUCGUCGGAUUGAUGAACUCGACGUUGCUUUCGGUAGAUUCAUUAAAAGGCGGGGAUGAUAAAGAGGCUGAACCCUACGAAGGAGCAGCGCGGCGUGGACCGACUAAGCAUAACAAUUACGAAGGGCUCUUCAAAAAUGCGUUCAAGAUUAAAAAUACACCCGAGAACACGGUGAAAUCGAGACCAAGAGCACGUCGAUUCCUCGGCAUGGCUUCACGACGCAUUCUCAGUCCGGAGCCAGUUUCGCCAUCUAUCGACAAAGAAAACAAUAGUCCAUGCAAUGCCGCCAGCCCACAAAAGUUCGCCGGUGCAAAGAAGAUUCGUUAUCCAUUGGAAGACUGUGAUCCAAACAGUCAAGACAGUGGAUACGGGACUAGUUAUCCGGAGAAGGAAGAAAAGCCGCGACAGACGUUUCGAUUUGUGGAACCAUUGGCUGUCGCUCCUCGACGGAUGUCGAUCGAAUGCCGCAGCCCGAUGAAAUCGCCUGUACGAUGUUCGCCACAGCGGACGCGGAUCGCGCGAUCUUCCCUCUUCCGGAGCGUCUCCUCCGGUUACGAGAGCAUGGACGACGGUUUCAACGAUUUAAUCGACGUCGAGGCACUGGACGACGCGACCCAACUGCCGAACGGGAUUUCGACUCUUCUUUGCGGUGAUAUCGUCGGCGGUGGUGCGAUCACUGACACCGGCUUGACGAGCCUGCUCGAUGACGCUUCACCGUUCAAUGUCGGCUCGAGCAAUCCAACCACCCCAGAGUUUGCUCGUACCGAUUGCACCAAGAAUUUCCGAAGAUCCUUGUCGUUGCAAAACGAUAGGCCGGAAGUUCGCAAACGACCAUCACUUUCGAAAGUACGCUCCUGUUUGUUUCGAUCACCGAGCGGUAACUCGCCCACCGUAAAUUCGCCUCUCGAAGAUAACCGGUCAGCGAUGUUCCGUCGUCGACGAUUCGGAGGUGAUUACAACGUUCUCGGCGAUUACCGCCGGGAAAAUACGAACAAUAAUUACGACUCUCCGUCGUCGGUGAAAGCUUUCAAACGACCGGAUCCACCGAUCGACGAGAGCCCGACGUUAGCGAAAAGAUCGCGGAGAUCGAGCGGUUGUAACUUCCUCGAUAUUGUAAGAAACAUGGACACCGACGAAAUGGUUGCGUCCAAUUCAAGGCCAGUAAUUUUGCAGAGAAGCGUUUCCAUGACGGCGCCUUCGACCGUGACGGUAGCGGACAUAGAGAUGGGGAUGGAAAUGGAGAUUACGAGAAAUGGAGAAACGACCGAUUCGGAGGAGCACGCGCACAUUAAAUCGGCUAUUCAUCGCAGCACAACCGACACCGAUCUUACCGGAGACUUUAGUAAACCGUGCGUCCUACCUUUGGCUACAGGUCAUCACGAUGAUUUGAAAUCGAUUUCGACCAACACGUUAGCCGCCUUGAUACGCGGAGAAUUCAACGAUCGAAUCGGUUCAUUCCAAAUCGUUGAUUGCCGUUAUCCUUACGAGUACGAUGCCGGUCAUAUCGAUGGUGCUCUCAAUUUGUACAGUAAAGAUCUGAUCGAGCGGAUCUUGUUGGAUCCUUUGACGAACACGCCGAAAAUUCAGCCGGAUUCGAACAAGAGAAACAUUCUGGUAUUCCACUGCGAAUUCUCCUGGGAACGUGGACCGAAUCUCUCGCGAUUUCUACGAAACUUGGAUCGACAAAGGAACAAGGAACAUUACCCCGCGUUGCAUUAUCCGGAACUUUACCUCUUGCACGGUGGAUACGAACAAUUUUACAGAGAACAGAAGGGAUUGUGCUCGCCGCAGGGUUAUAGACCGAUGAGACACCCCGAUCACGAGGCCGAUCUUCGACAAUUUCGCAAUAAAAGCAAAAGCUGGCAAGGUGAAAGAUCAAGAAUCACCGGUUCCGUCACUCGGUCCAAUCUCAAACGUUUAGGUUUCUGAAACUGUUUGUCCGUUUCUCGUUGCUUGUAUUCUUCUUCUUUCCUUUUAUAUACGAUCGAUGCUCGUCGAUGCAGCUGACAAUAAGUAAAACAUGAGAAAGGGGGAAGUUUGUAGGCUCGAUAAAAAUGUACUCGGAAAAGUGCAACUGUUGUUAGUAACGCUCGUAUCUGUACUUUUUAUGUAAAUAGUAGAUUAAUUCGCUCGAGUACAAGAAAGCGUAAAGCGUUCGCUUUCAGUGACGAAUGACAACGAACGAAUGUUAGUACGUCCUUUUUCGUAAUCAGGGGUUAUCAAUUUCGUAAUGUAUGCGCGUAACAGCUGGUAAGGCCUAAUAGCUAGUUACGUUUUCGGGCAGGCUUCCCAGACUUUUCUCCAGAUCUCGGGACGUUGACGCGCAAAUUAUUCCGCUAUUCUUUCUAGCAGCGUCCGCGUUUCGCGCUAUUUCGUAUCGCCAAAGUUUAGCAUGUAUAUCUACUCGCGUGCGUGUAAAAAAUGAUAAAUACAUAUAUAUGUAGACAUUAUGUGUUAAGUAAGAAAAAGAACGCGAGGAAGUCAUUUAUAAAGAGAUUAAAGCGUUUCCAAAAGUGCAAAUUCCAUGCGAUGUAUUUCUGUAUAUAUUAUAUAUAUGUGUGUGUGUGUAUGUAUGAAUGAGAUAAAAGAUGUACGAUGUAGCGACAUACGCGUGUACACCCUGCCGCGAAAGUAUCCGUUCACCGUUUAAAUGAGAAUACCUUGAUUAAAAUUGGACCAAAUGACUUCAGGUUUCUCGAGAAGCUAUGCAAAUUAAUUUACUAAGAUAUGUGCCUUUG